UGUUUACGCGGGAAUAGAUACUUACCUUGUAAUUUUUACCUCUUUAAUAUAAGAUUACGCUGAACUAAGAUUAAUCAUACACGAUCUGUAAUGCAAUAUAAGAUUAUUUUAAAUAUAUAUAUUGCAUGUAAACAUGAAGAAACGUCAAUUGUCACAGAAGAAGGUAUCUACUCAUAUUAAUGUUGAAAAAUCUCAGACAAGAAUAUCAUCUUUUUUUCCAAAAAUUUUCAAGUCUGAAGCAAGCAAUGAUGAGAUUGUAUCAAAUUCAAAUUCAUCUCAAGUCUCGAUUGUGAAGAAAAGAAAAGAAAAAGAUGAUAUGUGUGAAGAAGAAUCAUGUAUAACCAUUAAGAGAAUAUGUAACGCAAAUAAUAACGUAUUGAAGGAACAUUGUGUUGCAACGACAGAAAACAUUACAUUGCAUGAAGAUUCGAUAUUAUUAUCUGUAACAGGGGAUUUUACAGACGAUAGUUUUUUAGAAAAUGAAGCUUGCGAUAAAGCACCAUUUGAAAAAGUUAAUAAAAAAGUGAAUAACCAAGUGAAAACUAAGCUAGAUACAUCACAGAAUGCUAGAAAUACAAUUGUUUCCAAAGUCAUAGAUAAAGAUCGUGUUCUUAAGGAAACACAAGAUCUAAAUACUACUGCCUUAAAGUCUUCUUUUGCCGAAUUGCCUUCUUGUAAAGAAGACGCACUACAUAAUUUGAAAAAAACAGAAUCUUCCCAGGACUUCUCCACAAUAGAUGAAGAUGAAUUUGAUAGUUUCUUCGAUCAGGAAUGUCACGUACAGAUCAAUUUCACUACUCUGCAAAGGUGUAAAAUAAUUGAUAUCAAACAUGAACUAAAAAUUACUGUCCUAACAGUACAGCACAUAGAAUCUGAAAAUACUGAUGUUGUUGCAUGUUCAGGAUUUUGGAAAGAUGUACAAGUGAAAAUUGAUGACAUCGUCAUGAUACAGGCCAAGAAAGGUCCACAGCAGUGGAUUAUUGAUAAUAACAAUGGUUUCCUCGUUACCAAUCCUGAUAUGCUGAUAUCAGGCACGACAAUAACGAGUGGCUUAUUUUGCAAUAGACGAGCAGUGUUGACCGACAAGUUUAGAAAGAUAGAAUCACUGCCAAGUUUGAAUGCUGAUUAUUCUGUGAUGACUGUGGGAUCGUUGGUUCAUCAAUGGCUGCAAAAGGCACUAAGAGAAAACAUCUGCGCGUUGUCUGACGUGAUCAAAUUGCUUGAUGAUAUGUUACAAUCAAAAAGCACGAUAGACUAUCUCUACUCAUCGGAAUUGUCGCUCGCAGAUUGUCGGAAACGCAUGAUGGAGUAUGCGCCAAGAAUUUUCGAGUUCAUUCAGCAUUACAUCAAGGACAACGAGCAGCAACGCAUAAGAGACUUGAAGAACAAUUUUCAGGGGAAAAUCUGUAACAUACAAGACAUCGAGGAGAGUGUUUACAUACCAAAAUUAGGUAUAAAAGGAAGAAUAGAUGUGACGGCAGAAGUGAAUAUCAAUUCGAGAAGAAAAAUCAUGCCUUUGGAGGUGAAAACCGGAAGAGCUUCUUACUCGCUCGAGCAUAAGGGCCAAGUUAUUCUCUAUCUCAUGAUGAUGGGGUCUAGAGAUCAGGAUAUCGAUACUGGUCUUCUGUUGUAUCUGAAAGAAAACGCCAUGCAGGAAAUUAAAAGCAGUCAUCAUGAGAAAAGGGACUUAAUAUUGCUGCGGAAUACUUUGGUUCAUUAUUUCUCCAAAAAACCUGAAGACCAUAACGUGGAUUCGCAGUCAGAUUUAAAGACGAUGGAAUUGCCAGAGCCAAUAAAUCAUCCUGCGUGCACCAGGUGUCCCUAUCAGACUCUAUGUUGCGCGUAUCUAACAAAGGAUCCAAAUGUAAAUUUGUCACAGUCGCAUCAACUAACGUUGCCGAUGACGCAACUGCUCAACGAUUUUGAAUCUAGUCAUUUAGACUACGUUAUGACAUGGAUCGCGUUGCUCCAACUGGAAGAAGCUUAUGAGAACGUUAACAGUUUAAGCAACGUAUGGACCAUGAGUGCGGAAAAGAGAGAGGCCAGAGGAACAUGUAUCUGCAACUUGAAGAUCGUGGGUGAAGUAGUGAUGGAGCAAGACGAUAGGUAUCGGCAUAAGUUUGCCCGUGUUAAUAUCAAGGGUGAGACCAUCGACGACGGCACGUUCAGCAGCUCGUUCACCGAGGACAAUUAUGUCAUCAUCAGCACUGAUGCAAAAAUUAACAUAGCUGCCGGACACAUAAUGCAUGUUUCGCAUGACACUGUCACAGUCCUGUUGGACAAAGAUGUUACGCGGCAGAACGCGGACUCUACGUUCCACAUUGAUAAAUACUCAUCUUCCACAGGUCUGUCCACGUUCAAUUAUGCAAAUGUGGCCGGUCUAUUAAGCAACGAUGACGAGUCCAUCGUCAAACUUCGGUGCAUCGUCAUCGAUAGGAUCCCGGCCACGUUUGCAGAGAAGUUGCCUCGUUCAAUCGUGUCGGCCAGCGCCAAAAUAAUAAGCGACCUCAAUGAGAAUCAACAGAGGGCCGUGUUGAAGGCGUUGGCCGCCAACGAGUACAUUUUGAUAAAAGGCAUGCCAGGUACGGGAAAGACGCAAACGCUGGUAGCAUUGAUAGAGCUGCUCCAAACAUUGGGCUCCAGUGUCCUGAUCACCGCGCACACCCACAGCGCGGUGGACAAUCUUCUGUUAAAAUUGCUGGAACGCAACAUUGACUUCCUGCGCUUGGGCUCGACCAAGCAGAUACAUCCACUGCUGACGUGCAAGAGCGAGGAAUACGCAUUGGCGAGUUGCGACUCGCCCGAGAGUCUGGAGACACUUUACAACAGCAAGCAGAUCGUUGGCGUCACCUGUUUGGGCGCGUAUCACGCUCUUCUCAGGAGACGCACUUUCGACGUAUGCGUGGUGGACGAGAGCGCCCAGAUCAUGCAGCCCACGGUGCUGCGUCCACUGUACAGCACGCGCAAGUUUAUCCUCGUCGGGGAUCCUGAUCAGCUGCCGCCUAUUGUCAAGAACAAGACAGCUGCGAGACUUGGCGCGGACGAGUCCCUGUUCACCAGGCUAGACAGCGACAAUAAUACUGUCAAUCUGUUGAAGCAGUACAGAAUGAACGGGAGAAUUAUGAGACUGGCCAAUGACGUGACAUACCAUGGCAAGUUGGAACCGGCCAACAAGCAGGUGGAAAAUGCGACUUUAACCGGCACCAAUAUGGAGGAAAUGCUUUCGUCUUGCGAGGGAUGGAUAAGAAGCGCACUCUCCAGGAAUGUAGAUGACUCGGUGGUGGUGCUCGACACCGGUAACACUUACAACUUGAGUGUAGAGUCUGUAAACAGAAACGACCAGGUGUAUUCAAAUGUUUGGGAAGCGGCUGUUAUCCUGCGACUCGUCCAAGCGCUCGCAAAGGCAGGUGUGUGCGGUAGAAAUAUAGGGGUCAUCGCUCCUUAUAACGCUCAAAUAAAUUUGUUGAAAAAGAUCUUGGACAAGGAGGUGGAAGUGAACACUGUGGAUCAGUACCAGGGACGCGAUAAGGAUGUUAUAUUGUAUUCGUGUACAAAGAGUACCGAAUGCAAUACGAAGAAGGAAUUCGAGAUAUUGGACGAUCAGCGACGUUUGACUGUGGCUAUCACUCGCGCGAGACAUAAGCUGGUUAUAAUCUCUGAUAAGAUGACCUUGACGAGAUAUACGCCGUUUAAAAAUUUGUUUGACGUCAUUGAUGAGAAGAAUGUGAUAAGUUUGCACAACGGUGAGGCAGACUUUAAUUGGGAGAGUCUCGUUUCUAAAAUUGACAAUAGUAAUAAUGAUAAAGAAAUCAAAGAAUAAUAAAAUGCGACAUCAUUUAACGAUAAAAAAUAGCCUAAUAAAUGAUAAUUUUUCAAAGGAUCAUUGGAACU